AAAUAAAUCUCUUUUUAACCAUAAAUUUUUAUAUAUCUUUUAAAUAUUUUAAAUUAUUAAUUUUUAUAAUUUUAAGUAUUCUUACUCAAUUUUUAAAUAUAUAAAUUUUAUCUCAAAUAACUUAAAUAUUUUACAUGAUCAAGAUUAAAUUGUUUCACUAUCGAAAUCCUAAAGUCUGCCACGUAAAUUGGUAUUGGAUCUUUUUUCUUCCUCACAGCUUUUUUGUCAAGACAAACGGUUUAGAUUGUGGCAACGUUGUCCAGUGUGGCUUGGAUUCUAUCUUGAUUCCUAGGACCCUUUUUACUUUCUUUCUAUCCCCUAAAUCUCCACUUCCCCACUUCCCAGAUUAUUAUACUAUAUACAUUUAAUUUAUUUAUUAAUAUUAUUAUUCACCGCAAAUCUGCAGUGUGUAAAACGUGCUCUCUUUUACUUCUUGUUUCUUGAAUUCAUUUCCUGUAUUCUUGUUUCUGUUUUGACUUCAAGAAUGUUGCAGACAUGACUUUUUCCUUCAACAGGAGCAGUAAAAUAUGAAAAAUAAAAAGGUUAUAAGAACCGUAGCAAGAAGAGCUACUACUGUUGCUUACACGAACACUUGGCUAAAAGCAACAAUGCUGCAGUUGGAGUAAGAGUACUCGUGGUUUUGACCAAUGCUGAAAUCUUUGUUUCUGAGAUUUGUUCCUAACUCACAGAAAGUGAAAGCAAAUGGCAGAAGAGUAUGGUCCAUCUAUUUUUACAGAUUUUCCGGAAUCUACAUCAUCUAGGCUUAAUACUGAUGUACAGGCAAAUAACAACUUUCAUGGGUCUGCUGGACCUGGUAUUAAGAGGAGAGGCCAAGGUCACGGGAGUCGCUCUUGGAUAAAGAUUGAUGAGCAUGGGAAUUCAAAGGUCUUGGAAUUGGAUAAGGCUACCGUUAUGAGACAUUGUGCUUUGCCAGCGAGGGAUCUCCGUCUUUUGGAUCCUAAGUUUAUCUAUCCUUCCACAAUAUUAGGGCGAGAGCAAGCUAUUGUGGUAAACCUUGAACAGAUCAGAUGUGUCAUCACAGCUGAUGAGGUUAUACUGAUGAAUUCUUUGGAUGCUUGUGUACUGCAAUACGAGUCUGAAUUGUGUAAACGCCUUCAUACAAAUAAAGAUCAGCCGGAUGGUCUUCCUUUCGAGUUCAGAGCCCUUGAGCUUGCUUUGGAGCUGACUUGUCUGUCUCUAGACUCUCAGGUGAAAGAAUUAGAACUGGAAGUAUACCCCGUGCUUGAUGAACUAGCGUCAUCUAUUAACACUCUAAAUCUGGAACGAGUUCGUAGAUUGAAAGGUCAGCUGCUUGCCUUGACUCAGCGAGUCCAAAAGGUAUGUGAUGAAAUAGAACAUCUAAUGGAUGAUGACGGUGACAUGGCUGAGAUGUACUUAACAGAGAAGAAACUGAGGAAGGAGGAGUAUCUUAAUAAUGAUUCAUACGAUCAAGCAGAUAUGUUUGGAAAAAUUAGAGGAGCAGCAAGAUCUGCUCCAGUCUCACCUGUAUCAUCAACUACCGGGGUGCAGAAGUUGCAACGGGCACUCAGUAAUUUGAGCUCAAGCAAACAUGGAAGUGUUUCAGCUUCAUCUAAUGGUCAAGAAAAUAUUGAUCAGCUUGAAAUGUUGCUUGAAGCAUAUUUUGUGGUCAUUGACAGUGCUCUGAACAAGUUGUCAUCACUUAAAGAAUAUAUUGAUGAUACAGAGGAUCUGAUCAAUAUAAAACUUGGCAAUGUCCAGAAUCAGCUAAUACAAUUUGAGUUGCUUCUGACAGCGGCUACUUUUGUUGCAACAAUAUUUGCUAUGGUGACUGCAGUAUUUGGAAUGAACUUGAAAACCACAGUUUUUAACGAUCCGGAUGGGUUUAACUGGACACUUAUCAUCACUGGGAGCUUUUGUUUGGUCUUAUACAUUGCUUUCAUGAUUUACUUUAAGCAUAAGAAACUUUUUCCACUGUAAACAAAUCUUAGCAUCUAUGACGAAGAUGGAAUGGAAAUCGCCACAAUCAUUUGAUUCUUCA